AUGCGCCACGACGGUACCCGACGUCUCACGGCGGAUACUAAUAAUUUACUGAGGUACGUAGGAUUAUUAAGGUCCCUUACUAAGAACUCCGUGAGAACUCCGCGAGAACUCCACGAGAACUCCGCGAGAAGUCCGCGAGAACUCCCCGAGAACUCCGCGAGAACUCCCCGAGAACUCCGCGAGAACUCCCCGAGAACUCCGCGAGAACUCCCCGAGAACUCCGCGAGAACUCCCCGAGAACUCCGCGAGAACUCCCCGAGAACUCCGCGAGAACUCCCCGAGAACUCCGCGAGAACUCCCCGAGAACUCCGCGAGAACUCCCCGAGAACUCCGCGAGAACUCCCCGAGAACUCCGCGAGAACUCCCCGAGAACUCCGCGAGAACUCCCCGAGAACUCCGCGAGAACUCCCCGAGAACUCCGCGAGAACUCCCCGAGAACUCCGCGAGAACUCCCCGAGAACUCCGCGAGAACUCCCCGAGAACUCCGCGAGAACUCCCCGAGAACUCCGCGAGAACUCCCCGAGAACUCCGCGAGAACUCCCCGAGAACUCCGCGAGAACUCCCCGAGAACUCCGCGAGAACUCCCCGAGAACUCCGCGAGAACUCCCCGAGAACUCCGCGAGAACUCCCCGAGAACUCCGCGAGAACUCCCCGAGAACUCCGCGAGAACUCCCCGAGAACUCCGCGAGAACUCCCCGAGAACUCCGCGAGAACUCCCCGAGAACUCCGCGAGAACUCCCCGAGAACUCCCCGAGAACUCCGCGAGAACUCCGCGAGAACUCCGCGAGAACUCCGCGAGAACUCCCCGAGAACUCCGCGAGAACUCCGCGAGAACUCCCCGAGAACUCCGCGAGAACUCCGCGAGAACUCCCCGAGAACUCCGCGAGAACUCCGCGAGAACUCCCCGAGAACUCCGCGAGAACUCCGCGAGAACUCCCCGAGAACUCCGCGAGAACUCCGCGAGAACUCCCCGAGAACUCCGCGAGAACUCCGCGAGAACUCCCCGAGAACUCCGCGAGAACUCCGCGAGAACUCCCCGAGAACUCCGCGAGAACUCCGCGAGAACUCCCCGAGAACUCCGCGAGAACUCCGCGAGAACUCCCCGAGAACUCCGCGAGAACUCCGCGAGAACUCCGCGAGAACUCCGCGAGAACUCCACGAAAACUCCACGAAAACUCCGCGAAAACUCCACGAAAAUUCCACGAAAACUCCACGAAAACUAUACAAAGACUAUACAAAAACUAUACAAAAACUACACGAAAACUACACGAAACCUAUAUGAGAGCUCCACGAAAAAUCCUCGAAAACUCCACAACUCCAUAA